ACGUACAUCCAAACGUUUAGACGUAAAUAUGUAUCUUAAUUCGGUGAUGCAGUUUCCGGUUGCGUUGGUCCGGCAGUCAAAUACUUCCGCCAGCUAACUUCGGAAGAAGCGAUGAAAUGGCAACAACAUUUGAGGAAAACGGACCAUCAACUCAUGAACAGUGUGAAGUGGGCUCGUCAUCCCAUGCUAGACAGAAACUAGAAGGACUCCUGAACAAGAACAUGAGGAUCCGCAUGACCGACGGAAGGACUUUAGUGGGUCUUUUUCUUUGCACUGACAGGGACUGCAACAUCAUCCUCGGAUCGGCUCAGGAAUUCUUAAAAUCCACAGACACUUUCUCACAGGGAGAACCCCGAGUUCUAGGCCUGGCGAUGAUACCGGGUCACCAUGUGGUGUCCAUCGAGGUGGAGGCUGACAUUAUGGAGGAUACGCAAGGUUUUGGACUGAACCAUUGAGUGAUUGAGCGCAGUAAUAACAUGGACAUUUCCCAGAUGAAGACUCGGUCAAUAUCCAUUGUGUUGAUGUUUGAUGUCAAUAAAAGUUGUGUAGGGCUGGUCA